CAUAAUCGCCACAAGUAGAAGCUACAAGCUGUUUGCUUUUCUUCUUUCGAAGAAAGCUAAGGGAGCGAAAGAGAUUGGCUUCUACUCCAGCAAAAUAAAAGCCAGUACGAGCGAAAACUUUGCUUUCCGUGCAAACUGUAGCUAGCUGCCGAUCUGCAUCUGGUGUCGGCGCACCACUGACAAUCAUUGAAAUAGAAACUGAAUCUUCUACUGCGGUAAGUACAUUGUAGCACCACACAAAAGCUGCAGAAGCAAAGAUGGGGCGUCGUGGUCCCAAUGCGCGCUGCCGGAAGCGCGUGACAAGCGCUGCGCAGUGGUUGGCGUUACCCCUGACCUUCCCGGGGGAGGAUCACUUGAGUAUCUAUAUAAGUAUCUUUUUCUGAUGAAGAUGGUUUUUGGAAGUGCAUAUUGUAUAUUGAAGAGAUAUUUUGAAGAGACACAUGGCAGGCCGCAUGUUAAAUAAUGCUCCGUGUGCUAGUUUUUCUGCACCAAAGGAAAUCCGCAGACGAAAAACAAAAAGAAACUACAUAGGAAGAACGAAAAUUAAAGGUUGGUGCGUCAAUGCUUACGAAAAUUUGCGCGGCUCGCAGAACAUCCCACCCCCCGUGAAUGAGGACGAUGGCGCGGGUAUCUCAGUGAGCGAUGUCGUGCAUGCGGAUGGAUCGGUACUGGGUAUGCAUUUUUUUUCACGAAAUAAUUCAUGUAAGUACAACGAAGUUGGUUUGCGUUUCUUGUGUUGUGAAUGAGAUUCAUUUUUUUUACAUUUCUGCAUCUACAACACUCUUGGUUGAUUGAAGAUACGUUGCUCCGCUACAAGAUAGAACGCUAAGACAAACAGACUUCCGUCUUGGAGAAGGACAAGGAAUCGAUGGGGAAAACGGAGAGCGAAGAGGCGGCGAAAAGAAAGCAGGGAAGGGAGAAAGAAGAGGAACACCAAAAGCAAAAGCCGAGUCCGUCGCAGUCACGACAACGAGCCGCGCUGGGAGCCGCGCUGCAGAGAAACCUGGCAGCAGCAGCGGAACAAAGGCAGACCGUACAUGAGGAGCGGCUCCGAGCGAGCGGUGCUGCUAUGCUCAAUUUUGGACGUACGUGUCAGUCCACCCCGUUUCGCCUGCGUGAUCUCUACGUAUGAUUAUCAUGCUGAUAAUUUAUUUGUAUGCAUUGUAACGCCAACGGUUUCCUAUUCGUAAGUAUGUCUUUUAUGCCGGGCAACCCUCGUCUGCGGAGGUACCACGCCUCCACUAUUUACUAUAGGUUUCCCGUUGUAAAAAUAAAGGAAGAAGCCAGCAAAUGUCAAGCAGCAUAGUUUUCGGAUGCGGAACUAGCACAGGCCGCCAGUGCUAGGCGUUGCAGGUUACGGGUACCAGCACACGCGGUCCUACUCUUCACAAGCAUACUACAUCUGGCCGCUGUGCGGAUAUUGGCAGAAAUACCAGAGCAACAAGGAAACAACCAAGCCCAAGGCGGCCACGUAGCCUAUCGCUAUCAGCCAGCCCCACCCCGCUAGAAGAAGCCGCGCUCUCGAAACCGCAAAGCGCUGGCGAAAGAAAGCGCUACACACCAGCACGUGAGCCCGCGCAAAUGAAUCAAAUCUCAUUUGCAGCAACUAAGGAAAUCAGAAUGAACCUAAGCGUGUGACUCAGUAUGAUUUGAUAUGAAGCUACCAGCACGAAGCCGAAUUGCAAUUUAGAAAAUAUUCAAAGUCUAGAUGUGAUGCUGCACGAUGAAAAUCAAAAUGCAAAUUCAUGUAAUCUCUCAGCGCGUAGAACUACCGACAGAGAAAGUUAGUUGCUAGCACCUCGAGCAGUAGUUGUUCGGUUCAUGACAAGAACCCCUGGCAGCGCUAGCGCACUCACGACCAAUUUAGAUUUUAGUGCCUCGAUUUAGGUUUUCCACAAUGUAUAAUGCAAUUUGUUGAAGCUUGAGGACAAGCUCCAGCACCAGCAGCCCCACCGCCAUCGGACGUGAGUAGAAAUAAAAAUAAAAACAUCUUCGCACACGUUGCUGCUCGUGUGAUGAAUUGAUUCCGC